AUGGCUGACAACGUGGUGGAUGUUCGACAUGGUUUCCCAGAUGCAUGUGUCUCCGUUGAUCCCACGAGCAUGGUCUGGAAGUCAUUCAACCAUACGAAGCAUUCUCUGUCUCCGACUUUGAUACCGGUCUUUGUUAUAGUGACGUCCAGGAAGUACCUGACCUCCCAGGCCGAUAAGGUGUCGCCAGUCGAGGGUGGAAGCUUUCGUAGAAGAUGCUUGACUGUAAUUGUUGAGAUGUUCACUGGCGCCUUGUUACGGAAGAUCAAGUGGCCAGACACAGUGUCUUUCUCGGUUUUGAGAGACCAGAUCAAUCCGUAUAUUCCCAAGACUCUACAGAGAAUAGAUGGAUUGCCUUCUGACACUCGAUUGUUUCUCAGGAAAGAUAUGAUCGUGAAGACCGACUAUAUCAUGGAGAACACGCAGAGUCUUUGCUCCAUUCGGUUCCUUUGGGCCCUCCUUAUCCGGCCUACGAACCUGAAUCGCAACCCUUCGGCCAUGGGACUCCCGAACAGCUCACUCUACGAAGCCCUACCAAAAUACCGCGAUGCUGGGGAAGGCUUCGCUGAAGAGUUUACACAUCUUCGAUAUACAGCAGCCACCUGCGACCCUGACGAGUUCACCCUACGCAAUGGAUACAACCUACGGCCUUCCAUGUACAACAGGUCUACUGAAUUGCUCAUCGCCAUUACCUAUUAUAACGAGGAUAAGGUGCUCACGGCGCGGACCCUGCACGGCGUGAUGCAAAAUGUUCGGGAAAUCGUCAAUCUCAAGAAAACAGAAUUCUGGAAUAAAGGAGGACCAGCCUGGCAGAAGAUUGUGGUUUGUCUUGUCUUUGAUGGCAUUGACCCUUGCGAUAAGAACACGCUUGACGUCCUGGCCACCGUGGGCAUCUACCAGGAUGGAAUCAUGAAACACGACGUAGAUGGUAGGGAGACUGUUGCUCACAUUUUUGAAUACACAACCCAACUAUCGAUCACGCCUGCGCAACAGCUGGUUCGCCCUCAUGGCGACGAGCCCACCAAUCUGCCACCGGUUCAGACAAUAUUUUGCCUGAAGCAGAAAAAUAGCAAAAAGAUCAACUCCCACCGAUGGCUAUUCAAUGCGUUUGGCCGACUGCUAAACCCUGAGGUCGUCAUCUUGAUCGACGCCGGCACGAAGCCGGGACAUAAAUCUCUCCUUGCCCUUUGGGAAGCAUUUUAUAAUAACAAGAACCUCGGAGGCGCGUGUGGUGAGAUCCAUGCACUGCUCGGCCCACGCUGGGAGAAGCUUGUGAAUCCUCUAGUGGCUGCGCAGAACUUUGAAUAUAAGAUCUCUAAUAUCCUAGACAAGCCUUUGGAAAGCGCCUUUGGCUAUGUUAGUGUUCUCCCCGGCGCAUUCUCUGCUUACCGAUACCGAGCGAUCAUGGGUCGACCUUUAGAGCAGUACUUCCAUGGGGAUCAUACGUUGUCUUCGAAGCUAGGCAAGAAAGGUAUUGAAGGAAUGAAUAUAUUCAAGAAGAAUAUGUUCCUGGCUGAGGAUCGUAUUCUGUGUUUUGAGCUCGUCGCGAAGGCGGGCUCUCGAUGGACGCUGACAUACGUGAAAGCUUCAAAGGGGGAAACCGACGUGCCAGAAGGCGCCGCAGAAUUUCUGAGCCAAAGACGCCGCUGGCUUAAUGGCUCCUUUGCAGCAAGUUUAUAUUCAAUCAUGCAUUUCAAUCGUAUCUAUAAGAGUGGCCACAACCUCAUUCGCCUCGUUGCUUUUCACGUCCAGCUACUUUACAACAUCUGCCAGCUUAUCAUGACGUGGUUCUCCCUCGCAUCCUACUGGCUGACCAAUUCUGUGAUUAUGGAUAUCGUAGGAACACCAAGCGCAACUAACAAAAACAAGGGCUGGCCAUUCGGCAAUGACGCGACUCCUGUCGUCAACAACAUCGUCAAGAUCACUUAUCUUGCCUUCCUCAUGCUCCAGUACAUCCUUGCUCUCGGCAAUCGACCGAAGGGAUCGAAAACCUCAUAUACACUAUCCUUCAUCUACUUCUCCGUCGUCCAACUCUACAUUCUGGUUUUAUCAUUUUAUCUUGUAGCGCAGGCAUUCAGCGGUGGGAAUAUAGACCUCAAUUUGGACGACGGGGUUGGGGGUUUCAUCGGAUCUUUCUUCACCUCCACCAGCGGACUCGUGUUGAUCGCAUUAGUGUCGACAUACGGGAUCUACUUCAUAUCCAGCAUUCUAUACCUCGACCCAUGGCACAUGCUCACAUCCUCAUGGGCCUAUUUUCUCGGGAUGCCCUCCUCGAUCAACGUCCUGAUGGUCUACGCCUUCUGCAACUGGCACGACGUCUCAUGGGGCACCAAGGGAUCCGACCAAGCAGGCUCACUCCCAUCCGCCCAGACCAAAAAGGCCGACGCAAAGACAAACUUCGUCGAAGAGCUGGACAAACCGCAAGCAGACAUCGACACUCAGUUUGAGUUCACAGUCCGACGAGCUCUAUCCCCGUGGCAACCCCCUGAGGAGAAGGAGGACGGCAACUUGGAUGAUUCGUAUAAACGCUUUCGGACCAAUCUCGUGUUACUAUGGGUCUUGAAUCAUCCUCUGGCUUACCUCCGCAUUGUCGGUUUUCCGGUUUAUGGGCGCUCUGUGGUUCUUGGGCAAGACGGGUGUGUUGUGUUGUUUUUCAAGACGUUGAUCCGGCUAUUGCUGUUGAGUAGUGUGUAA